CUGACACCCAGUUGGUGCUUCAGUCACACUGGUGCACGAGUGGAUGUAUGUGCUCAGGAGAAAGAGGUCGUGUUUGGACACUAGACCAUGUGCCUAGGUAGUUUUUCCUUUCUCCGCAGCUCUGCUCCCCCAGCAACGCUCACCACACCCUUGUUUUGAGAACCUCACUAAGCCUUUGGUGAGCUUCCAGCCAUGGGGGAUAUGAAAACCCCCGAUUUUGAUGACCUUCUUGCUGCCUUCGACAUCCCAGACCCCACAAGCCUUGAUGCCAAGGAAGCCAUCCAGACACCCAACGAGGAGAAUGAGAGUCCCCUCAAGCCCUCAGGCAUGUGUUUGGAUGAGAGUGUGGCCCUGUCUCACUUAGGAUCCGCCCCAGAUGUGCCAGCUGUGAGUGUCAUUGUCAAGAAUACCAGUCGCCAGGAGUCGUUCGAGGCGGAGAAAGACCACAUCACCCCCAGCCUUCUGCACAAUGGCUUCCGGGGCCCAGAUCUGUCUCCAGAUCCCCCCAACUGUGGGAAGUUUGACUCCACUUUCUUAAAUGGAGAUAGCACCAGGAAUUUCCCUAACAAGUUGGAGCCUCCCAAGUCUGAGCCGUUACCCACCUUCAACCAGUUCAGCCCAAUCUCUAGUCCGGAGUCUGAGGAUCCCAUCAAAGAUAACGGGUUUGGGAUAAAGCCCAAGCACUCUGACAGUUAUUUCCCGCCCCCUCCUGGGUGCGGGACUGUGGGGGGCCCAGUACUGGAGGCCUUGUCCAAGUUUCCAGUCCCGGAACUGCACAUGUUUGAUCACUUUUGUAAGAAAGAACCCAAGCCUGAGCCUAUGUCCUUGGAGAGCCAGGAGGAGCACACACAAGGAGGGCAGAAGGUAGCAGAGCCCCAUAGAGAGCUGGAUUCUAGCCGCUUCUUUGGGGAAGCUUUGGAAUUUAAUAACCAUCCUGGCCACAGUGUCAGUGAGCCCAAGAGGCCCACCCCAGAGCUGGGAGCUUGCUCAUCCGUGCCUCCCAGACAGCGUCUCAAGCCCGCUCAUUCCAGGCUGUCCUCUUGUGUUGCAGCCUUGGUGGCCUUGCAGGCCAGAAAGGUGGCCAGUGUCACCAAGGAGGAUCAGCUUGGCCACACAAAGGAUCCCUCAGGGCCUGCUAAAGAGGUUUCCAAAGGUAGCCCCAAAAUGCCCAAGUCACCAAAGAGUCCCCGGAGCCCAUUGGAGGCCGCUCGGAAAAGCAUUAAGCCAUCAGACAGCCCGCGGAGCAUCUGUAGUGACAGCAGCAGGGGCUCCCCAUCUGUGGCUGCCAGCUCCCCACCAGCCAUCCCCAAAGUCAGAAUCAAAACCAUAAAGACAUCAUCAGGGGAAAUCAAAAGGACCGUUACCAGGAUCCUGCCAGACCCUGAUGAUCCAAGUAAGUCCCCUGUGGGGUCACCUGUAGGGAGUGCCAUUGCUGAGGCCCCAGGCGAGGUGCCAGGGGAUGAGGGCACAGCCCUGCCUCUGGAGGGGCACCUUCCAGAGGAAGGCACACAUUCAGGGAGCCCCCAGGGUGACAGGAAAGGGGAUGAGAAUGUGACAAAGGCUGGUGACUCUUCAUAUCCCUGUGGCAGUUCUGCUCCCCAGGUCCCCAAGGGGGCAGCCCAGGGCUCAAAAAUGAGCAAAAAGCAACAGAACACAGCCCCGCAGGCCCCGGCCCCCUCCAGUCUCCUGCCCAAAGCUGUGCACCUGGCCAACCUCAACCUGGUCCCCCACAGCGUCGCCGCAUCAGUGACCGCCAAAUCCUCCACGCAGAGACAGAGCCAGCCCCAGCUCACACAGAUGUCAGUGCCCCUGGUGCACCAGGUGAAGAAGGCUGCCCCCCAGAUUGUGGAGGUCUUCAAUAAGGUCCUGCACAGCUCCAACCCUGUUCCCCUCUACGCACCCAAUCUCAGCCCACCCGCAGACAGCAGCAUCCAUGUGCCGGCCAGUGGCUACUGCUGCCUGGAGUGCGGGGAUGCAUUUGCCUUAGAGAAGAGCCUGAGCCAGCACUACAGCCGACGCAGUGUCCACAUUGAGGCCCUCUGCACGCUCUGCUCACAGACGCUGCUCUUCUUCAACAAGUGUAGCCUUCUCCGGCAUGCCCGUGACCACAAGAGCAAGGGGCUCGUCAUGCAGUGUUCACAGCUGCUUGUGAAGCCCAUCGCCGCUGACCAGAUGUUCGUGUCGGUGCCCACGAGCACCCCAGCCCCUGUGGCCUCGGCUCCUUCCUCAUCUCCCAAACAUGGUGCCUCCUCAGGCAACAACAGUCCCCUGCCCCCAGCUUUUCCGCUCUACCCAGACCCUGUGAGGCUCAUUCGGUAUGGAACCAAAUGUCCUGAAUGUCACAAGCAGAUGCGGGACUACAUGGUCCUGGCUGCACAUUUCCAGAGGACGUCGGAGGAAACCGAGGGGCUGACAUGCCAGGUGUGCCAGAUGCUGCUGCCCAACCAGUGCAGCUUCUGUGCACACCAGCGGAUUCAUGCGCACAAGUCCCCCUACUGCUGCCCGGAGUGUGGCGUCCUCUGUCGCUCCGCCUACUUCCAGACCCAUGUCAAGGAGAAUUGCCUGCACUAUGCCCGCAAGGUGGGCUACAGGUGCAUCCACUGUGGUGUUGUCCAUCUGACCUUGGCCUUGCUGAAAAGCCACAUCCAGGAGCGACACUGCCAGGUUUUCCACAAAUGUGCAUUCUGCUCUAUGGCCUUCAAGACUGCCAGCAGCACUGCGGACCACAGCGCCACCCAGCACCCUACCCAGCCCCACAGACCCUCCCAGCUCAUUUAUAAGUGCUCCUGUGAGAUGGUCUUCAACAAGAAAAGGCACAUUCAGCAGCAUUUUUACCAGAAUGCCAGCAAGACGCAGGCGGGCAUCUUCAAGUGCCCCGAGUGCCCACUGUUGUUCCUGCAGAAGCCUGAACUGAUGCAGCAUGUCAAGAGCACCCAUGGUGUUCCCCGGAAUGUGGAUGAGCUCUCCAGCCUGCAGGCUGCAGCGGACACAUCCUCUAGCCGCCCUGGCUCUCGAGUGCCCAUGGAGCCCCCCACUGCUAGUGUGGCUGCCCGAGGUAGCUCCCUGUCCUCAGGCCGCUGGGGCAGGUCGGAAGGCCAUCGUAGGACUGAAGCCAGGCCCCGACUGAGGAGCACAGGCUGGACCUGUCAGGAGUGCCAGGAGUGGGUUCCUGAUCGAGAGAGCUAUGUGUCCCACAUGAAGAAGAGCCAUGGGCGGACGCUGAAGCGGUACCCAUGUCGGCAGUGUGAGCAGUCCUUUCACACCCCCAAUACCCUGCGCAAACACAUCCGCAACAACCACGACACAGUGAAGAAGGUCUACACAUGUGGGUACUGCACUGAGGACCCUCCGAGCUUCCCUCGGCCCUCCCUCCUUGAGAGCCACAUCAGCCUUAUGCACGGGAUCAGGAACCCUGAUCUGAGCCAGACGUCCAAAGUCAGACCACCGGGCAGACAUUCCCCUCAGGUAAACCAUCUGAAAAGACCCCUCAGCGGAGCAGGGGAUUCUCCAGGCACCAGCAAUGGCGCAGCUGUCCCUCCCCUGAAAAGGCACAAAUCCCUCUUUCAGUGUGCAAAAUGUAGCUUUGCUACGGACUCGGGGCUGGAGUUCCAGAGCCACAUACCUCAGCACCAGGCAGACAGCUCCACAGCCCAGUGUCUCCUCUGUGGCUUGUGCUACACCUCUGCCAGCUCUCUCAGUCGCCACCUCUUCAUUGUCCACAAAGUGCGAGAGCAAGAGGAGGAAGAGGAAGAGAUUGUGGAGGUGAAGGUGGAAGCAUCCGAGCCAGAGGAGGGCUUUGGGGAGGAGGUGGCCAUGGAGGCCAGAGAGAAUGGACUGAAAGAAUGUGCCGGUGGGCCUUUGUCAGCUCCCCCCAAGGCCAGGGGACUGCUGGGCCUUAGCCUGGCAGAGGACCAGGCUCAGAAUGUGCAGAGCCAGCCACAGGCCUCUCAGGAUCAGGACAGCCUUGCAUUGACCCCUCAGGUGUGACCCAAGGCUUGGCAGGGUGUGUGGCCGGGGUGUGGCCCCAACGUUCCCCACUGCCUGGCAGACCCAGGGAAGGCAAAGUCUGUGCCCUUGGAAGUGUGGCCACUGUGCCCUGAGCUGCGGUGUGUUCAAUGUCCCCAGCCAUAGGAAGGGUGGGGUUGUCCAGGAUGCUCCUGGCUGUGAAAUUUGCUUGUUAUUUAUGGCUUUGUGCUGCUUCUUGGUACCCAACUCUUGUCUGUGUCCUUCUAACCCCAGGCUGCUUAUGGCCCCACCCCAAUGCUGUCAGCUCAGCUUGCACCCCAAACUCUGAGUCUGUGCUUGUCUGGGAGGUCCCCAUUGCUGCCUUCAGCCAGAGGGGCCUCUCAGAGCCUGCGAAGGAGGGGAGGGGGCUGUGUGCAACACAGUUGCUCUGUGACAGAGCAACUCCCUAGUCUGGCUUGGCAAGGGCCCUCUGUCACCUUGACCUUCCUUCCUGUCUUUUCUGGUUCUUUCCCCCCAAAACAGUCCUGAGAACUAACUGUCACACUGGCUCCUGGUGUCUCUGUGGGUGGGAAACUUGAGCACACCUUUGCUUGGAACUAGGGACAGCAGGAGGUGUGGGCGAAGCAGACAGAUUUGGAGAGCCAGGCCCCUUCAGAAGGCCCUUUGGGUGCUGGGUCUUUGCUCUGCAGCUGCUCCUGUCCCUGACAGCAGGCCUGGGCGCAUAGCUGGGGGAAUGUGUGUGUUCUUGCUCCUGUGCCAUUAGAGAGGCUUCUGCCUGGCAGCCCAGCCCUCCUGUUGGCUGCACUCAUGUUGCUCAGACUAUAUUUCAAUAAAACUCUUCUUACCAUGCAGGCAGGCUGUUGUAUUCCUCUCCAAGUCAGCCACUCUUCCCUGUUCCCGCCGAGGGCCCUUCCUGCUUCUUUACUUUCUAGAGACUUGAGAAGGGUCUUAGUACCAGUGCAUUCACCUCGAAGGUCUCCCCUGGGCGGGUGUCAAGUUGUCUGAGGUGUCUCGCUCUUUCCUGCAAAGGAAUUUGAUACUUAUGGAAACCCUUCACGGGUGAUUGGGUGGAGAGGAGGCACUCUGUCCUUUCCUUGCAACAUCAGAGACCUUGCUUUUGCCCCUGCCACAGGGAAUUCAGUGUGGCAGGGCCAGGAGUAGACUCGGAGACAGAGGUGGGGCUGCCUUGGCCUUGAGGUUGGCCCUGCAGUUCCAGUGCAGCCCCCGGAAUGGUGCUCACCACCCUCUUAGAGGUGAUCUUUCACGGGAGGCAUGAGUAGCAGUUAUAAAUUAAGUCAGAUAAAUAUGCCUCACCUUUUCACAAUUGAAAAAAAAAAA